CAAAAUCAAAUUUUAAAUUCCAAAGCGAGUUCAAGUUGAACCGCAUGCAUGUAGGAUUCCAGAUCUGCAUCGAGUGUUUGGUGGUCAGAGCGAUUUGCUGACGGCACAAUGCAGGGCGAGCAAUGGGGCGGACGGUUGCAAGUGGUCGUUUGUCCUCAUUUCAUGGUGGCGAAAGGGUCCUACAACAGCUCUUACAACCAGGUUUAAGCUGAGGAUAUUUGGAUGUAGGUCAGGGUGGAUACAUUACAGCUCGAGGCAUUCAGGUCCGAUGGGGCCUUCGGAACUUUUGGACGGGGUUCGCUUGGCUUUGCACUCAGUGUAUGGCGCUCUUGAUGGAGUGAUCUCGCCGCGCGUUUUUGCGCUGCUUGCGCGCUGUGGCAUACAGCCCGUCCUGAGCCCUGCCACCGCCGCACUGCCUUUCGUAGCCAGCCCCACCCCUGUUGUGCUGUGCUGCACAGUGUACCUAGCAGUAGUGGCGCUUGGGGUGCUGGCGAUCCGCUCAAGCAACGCGGCACCGCUGGCCAGAGACCCUUUCCCCCUCAGAACCCUGAUCAUUCUGCACAACUGCUUCUUGUUUGUGCUCAGUGCAUUCAUGGGUGGAGGACUGAUCACAGAGGCAGUUAGGAACAGGUACUCACUCUGGCACAAUCGGUAUGAACCAAGUCAGUUGGCGAUGGCACGUUUGCUCUACCUCUUCUUCAUCUCCAAGAUCUACGAAUUUGGCGACACAUUCAUUAUGCUGCUCAAGCGCAACACCCGCCAGGUCAGCGUCCUCCACGUGUACCACCACUGCUCUGUCGCGCUCAUCUGGUGGCUUAUCGUCUACCACGCGCCAGGGGGCGAGGCUUAUUUCUCGGCUGCCUUGAAUUCGUGGGUACAUGUGGCCAUGUACUUGUAUUACCUGCUCUCUGCUGCAAUUGGGAAGGACCCAGUCAGAAGAAGGAAGUACCUCUGGUGGGGGAGGUACCUGACUAUGAUGCAAAUGACCCAGUUCAUCAUCAACAUGAUUGAGUCAAGGGUCGUGGUCAGUGGCAAGAAUCCCCCAUAUCCACAAUUCAUUGCAAAUGUCUUAUUCUAUUACAUGAUAAGCCUCUUUGCACUGUUCGCGAAUUUCUACGUUCAAAAAUAUGGCUCAUCAAGGAGGUCAAUUGCCAAGCUCAAAAGCUUAUGAUCAGGCAAGGGUAGUAUCUCAGUUGGCUAUGUACUUGUGAGCAAGGUGAAUUUGAGUCGCAUCAUUGGCCAUUGUCGGCCUGAAUUGUCAAGGUAGGACGUGGGGGACCGCAUCUAAGGUGACGCUAUUUAGAAACCAUGAUAUUAGGGAAACUUUGAAUUGUAGCACAUCAUAAGAAGCUCAACCUAGGUGAUUUUUGAAUACUGGAAUGUCCAAGAUCUUGAGGUGAGAUUAAAUGGAUGUUUUGCACUCUGGUUCUGUCCGCUGCUGUUUAUGCCGUACUAAGUACUUGCUUGCGCUGCAUCUCUAAGAUGACUUGUUUAUUCAUAAGGAUAUUCUGACCGACAUAACCCGAGGGUUAAGGCAGAACUGCCAUGUGCG